AUGGCGCGCCACACGCGCUUGUCCACGCUCGCCGUCUGCCUUCUCGGCGCCACAACCGCAGCCGCCCAGCACGUGCUGCUCCCCUUUUCCAAGCAGCACGACAGUUCCCAGCUCUCAGCGCGCGCCUCGGAACAGACAGGCCUCAAAUCGGCCGAAUAUGCCUACGUCGUCGACGUCUCGGUCGGCACGCCGGCGCAAAAGCUGUCGCUCCUGAUUUCGCCCUCAACCGGUGCCACAUGGGUGCCCGACGCCAACACGCCGUACUGCUCGCCCCAGUGGUAUCAACGAACAUACUACUCAGAUGACGAAUUCGAGGUGUACUCAGAUGUCUCUGUCCCCGCGGAGUGCCAUUGGGGCAGCUUCAACAAGUCGCUCUCUUCCACCUACCUGCCCGCGAACAGCAGGUACCGCGACUUCAGGUACGCCUAUGUGGACGGCACCUAUGUGUCGGGUCUGAACAUGACCGACAAGCUCGUCGUUGGCAAUAUCGAGCUCGACGACUACCCCAUGGGUCUCGUCAGCUCGGCCAACCGCUGGAUCGGCGUUCUCGGGCUCGGCAACAACAGGAGCUCGAGUUACUACUCGAGCUACGAGGGCGAGUUCUCCAACGUCUUGGACCGCAUGGUCUCGUCAGCAAAGAUUGCGAGUCCGGCGUACAGCAUCUGGCUCGACAACCCCGAGGGCUCGUCCGGCAAUCUGUUGUUCGGCGCUGUCGACUCUUCUCGGUACACCGGCGAUCUGGUACGCCUCGACACCUCCAACCGAUACCAGUACAUGUACACCUUUAGUGCCACAGUGUCGGGCAUCAACGGCACCACCGACUCAGGCGAUGCCAUGCCGGCCAUCCGCUCCAACGACUUCCCUUUCGACGUCACCUUUGGCCCGGCCGAGGUGUUCUCGUACCUGCCCGAGAUCCUGGUUGAUCAGCUCGCGGUCAUGGUGGGCGCCACAUACAACCGGACCAUGGACAUCUACACGUUGCCGUGCGACGCCGCCAAGACCAACAACACAAAGUUUGUCUUUGAGCUUGGCGGCAGUGGCGGGCCCAAGCUGGCCGUCGAGACCGCCGACCUCAUCCUGCCGCCCACCAUGCAAUCCAUCGGCGCCCAGGGGCGUUAUUGGCUGUUGAACGCGACCAACGUCUGUCUCUUUGGCAUCCAAAAGUACUACUCGUCCAGCUCGUCGAGCAGCUACUCAUCCUCCUCCUCCUCCUACUACAACUUGGGCAGCUCGCUCCUGCGCCGCAGCUACCUCGUCUUCGACGUGGCCAACCAGGAGAUCGCCGUGGCGCCCGUCAAGUUCCCGUCCGGCGCGGAAGCCCCGUCGCCGACCAUCGUCGCCUUUAAGAGCUACGGCGCCGCUAUCCCCUCUGCAUCUUUGUUUUGCACCAGCUCGUAUUGCGGCUCUUCGGACGGCGAUGACGAUUCUGGCUCCGGCUCGGGAUCGGGAUCGGGAUCGGGGUCAGGCUCGGGCUCAGGCUCGGGACCUGGCUGGGGAUACGGAAGGAAUAGCACCACAGGACUCCAGCACUGGCAGCAGGUCGCAAUUGGCGUCGGAGUUUCUUUCGGUGUUGUGAUCCUGGUCGCCGCGGUUGCCGGCAUCCUCGUAUGCGUCCGCCUGCGGCGUGGCCAGGGUGUCGCCAAGGCGGACGAGGAGGGCCAGGACGCGGAAGGAGCGUCACAGCCAGCCGAGUCGGCGCAGGACUCGACAGUUACCCAGAAUGGGGCGCGGUCGUCGGGUGUGCCGCCGGCUGCGCUGCCAGUCAUCCAGGAGAAGCAAGAGGAGGCGCCAGCCCAGGCGCCGCAACUGCCGGCCUUGGGGACAGAGCUCGCCCGGGCAAUCACGCCUCCCGAGCCGACGGAAUCCCCCGACUUGAACCGUGCAUCCGCAGCCGUGUCGGCGCUGUCUGAUGAUGCACAGGCCAGUGCGCAGCCCCAGGAUCCAGCGCCAGCUCACGCAUCUCCCAAGGGCAAGGGGAAGGAGGUGGACCGUUCAGGUGAUGAGAGCUAA